AGUGAAAACCCCACUGGAUCCCACAUCUAGACUCUGGGCAGAGGACCGUCCUGACCUUACCCUCCUUUCCUCAGCAACAUUCUCCUACUGGGCUGAUUUCUGUCUUGGAUCCUUUUAAUCACCUCCACUGGUUAAACUCUAAAGCACAAUGGCACCCAAGAAGGACGUGAAGAAACCUGCCCCAGCAGCUGCUGCCCCUGCAGCUCCAGCACCAGCCCCAGAACCAGUUAAACCCAAGGAACCAGCAUUUGACCUGUCCAGUGUCAAGAUCGAAUUCUCCCAGGAUCAGCAGGAUGACUUCAAAGAGGCUUUCCUGCUGUUCGACAGGACAGGUAAAAGCAAGAUCACCUACAGCCAGGUCGCUGAUGUCAUGAGGGCUCUUGGACAGAACCCCACAAACGCUGAGGUCAAGAAAGUCCUGGGCAACCCAUCUAACGAGGAGAUGAACGCCAAGGAGAUCGAGUUUGAGCAGUUCCUUCCCAUGCUGCAAGCAGUGGCCAACAACAAGGACCAGGGCAGCUUUGAGGACUUUGUUGAGGGUCUGCGUGUCUUUGACAAGGAAGGCAACGGCACCGUUAUGGGCGCUGAGCUUCGUCACGUAUUGGCCACACUGGGUGAGAAGAUGAAGGAGGAUGAAGUAGAGGCCCUUCUGGCAGGACAGGAAGACUCCAACGGCGCCAUCAACUAUGAAGCUUUCGUGAAGCACAUCAUGUCCAUCUAAACGAAACCUUUAAACGCUACCUUCAAAUGUCUCAGAAGACCCGGAGACAUGGAAAAUUAACAAAGGCCAGCAACUGGCUAUUACCAACCUUAUGGAAAUGUACUGUAUAAUACACUCACCAAUUUAUUUUUAUUUUCCAACAUUGGGACAUUUAUCUUUUUCCACGAACCCUAAUAUUGUUUAAAGGAAACAAGAUCAUCUCACAGGACGUAUCACCCUGGCGAAGCUGGUGGAGAUUUUGAUCGAGCAACACUGUGUAACAUGCCGCGGAGUAUUGUAAAACCAAAAGACAACACAAUAAAAUCCCCUUUGCUAAGACGGUGGCUACAAAGUCUCUCUUAAUUUAUUUGCCCACAGUUUUGGGCCAAUAUACAGUACCAAAGAACGCUACUGUGCCAUUCAUGGUCAGGGGGCUCCACUAGCCUAAGGUAUAGCUGGCUCCUCUGAUAGUAGAGUGGUUAAUUUAUUCUUUCUGUAUUCCAUACUGUCAAAACAAUAAAGUUUUAAUGAAAGGA